GCGGGGCUGAGCUCAGCACCGAGGUGGGGCAGCACCCAGCCCUCUGCAGGGCGCUCAGAACCCAGCGGGACUCGAUGCCUCCUGCGCCUGUUGGAGAGAAAAUGUGCCAAGGGAUUGGCUCUGAGUGCCUUCCGAGUCAUAGCCUUCUUUUUGUGUGCGUGCUACCUGCUCCUCCCCGUGCAUGAGGAGCCGCGAGCCCAUGUCAGAUGGGGAGAAAGAGGACUGUUGAGGCGUUAUUUUGGCUUUGCUUGAAGGCGGCUCGGUGCUGAGGGCGGCUGGGCGGUGAGCAAACAGUGCUGAGUAAGGGAGAGACAAGGAAAGACGCCUGCAUGAAGACUGAACUGCUGAAAGAUAUCACCAACAACAAGGAGGAAGGGUUCAAUGCCAUGGCUGCGGAUGAAAGUGCUACAGAAAAGCAAGUCGGGGAACCAAAAAUGGCUGUAGAUGGUGAAACCAACGGUUCCUGUGAGCACGGCGAGGCUGGGAGCCACCCAAACCCAGCAAAAAACACUCAGGACAACACGAAAGUGAGCCAGCAGGACUCUAGUACUAAAUUAAAUAGGAUAGCAGAAAAUGGCAUUUCUGAACGAGAUGGUGAGACUGGGAAGCAAAACCAUAUGAAAGCUAAUGACUUCACACAGACUUCUCUAACAGGGAGCAAUGGAUAUAUUCUAACCAAGCAGAUGGCGCAGGAGCAACCUCUAAGGACUACCAGCACCUUUGCUUCUCUCACUGGCCAUGCUGCAAAAACCCUUCCAGGAGGAGCAAGCAAAGGGAGAACUGUGGGCACCUUUUCUCAGAUGCAAGCCACGAUGCCAACCAAGCUCGGGGAGGGCAGUAAGGACAUGGAUGCUAAAAAAGCCACUGCUGCUAAUGCUGAAGUCAAGGUCCACAGAGCACGGAAGACAAUGCCUAAACCCACCCCUAGCCUGGAAUUGCUUCCUGAAUUGGGAUCGAAGCUGAAUCUUAAACAGCAUGCAAGUAAAGACCCCAAAGAUGGGAGAGACAGCAGAGAUCAAAAAGAAUCUAAAGAGGAAGGCAACAAAAACAUCCUGGAGUUUGGGAAGCCGUUGCCGUUGCCCUCUCUCCCGGGCCUUCACCAGUCACUACCUCAGAACCAGAGCUAUGUGGCCACCUCCAAGUCGCAGACGGCUGCUGCAGUAUCUCGAAAGAAAAAACGGAGAAUGGGAACCUAUAGCCUGGUUCCCAAGAAAAAGACCAAAGUGUUAAAACAGAGAACAAUGAUUGAGAUGUUUAAGAGCAUAACUCAUUCCUCUGCGGGUGCCAAGAGUGAAAAGGAGCUAGGUGAUGUCAGCCCUCACGUGAAUGGGGAGAGCAUAGAUGUAGACUCUGAAGAGGAAGACUCUGAUGAGUUGGAAGAUGAGGACGAUCACGGAGCAGAACAGGCAGCUGCAUUUCCUGCAGACGAUAACAGGACCUCUAAAGACAGCGCGUCUGACGCAGACAAUGUCAGAAAGAUUGAUGAUGGCGACUCUGAGGAGGAACAAGAGUCUGCAGAGUCUGGAGAGGAUGAGGAGGAUGGAGAUGAAUCUGACUUGCAUUUCAAGUUGAGGAGCCAGCAUUUAAAGCACCCCAAUUCUUCAGUCACCUUGAGAAAAUUCUUGACUUCAUUGUCUCGAUGUUUUGAGCUGAAGAGCUCGGAGUCCAGCAUCAAGAAGAAGCUGCUGAAGAGGAAAGGAAAGACAGACAGCCCAUGGCUGAAACCCACCCGCAAGAGGAGACGGAGGAAUAAAAAGAAACAAGCCAAUGUGCUAGGUGCUGAAGCCUAUAAAUCAUCGUUGGGAGGCAGAGAGGGCUCUGCCCAGGAUAACAGCAUGGAGUACAUGGAGGUGUCUCUGGAUUCCUUGGAUCUGCGGGUGAAGGGAAUCCUCUCCUCGCAGGCGGAAGGUCUUUCCAAUGGUCCUGAAGCAAUGGAAGUAGAUGGUCUCCAGGAAGUUCCCCUCUGUAGCUGUCGAAUGGAAACCCCCAAAAGCAGAGAGAUCACCACGCUAGCCAACAACCAGUGCAUGGCCACCGAGAGUGUGGAUAAUGAGCUGGGCCGAUGCACAAACAGUGUGGUUAAGUAUGAACUGAUGCGCCCGUCUAACAAAGUCCAGCUUUUGGUGCUGUGUGAGGACCAUAGAGGGAGGAUGGUGAAACACCAGUGUUGCCCUGGCUGUGGAUACUUUUGCACUGCAGGCACUUUCAUGGAGUGUCAGCCUGAGAGCAGCAUCUCCCAUCGUUUCCACAAGAACUGUGCCUCCCAGGUCAACGACACGAGCUACUGCCCACACUGCGGGGAAGAUGCCUCCAAGGCAAAGGAGGUGACAAUAGCAAAAGCAGACACGACUUCCACGGUGUCGCUGACCUACGAGCAGCAGAAACCAGCAGCAGUGGAAGGAAGGGCUGACACCACGACAGGAAGUGUCACUGGAAUGCGGUUGUCUGAGGAAGACAAGCCAGAAAGUUCGGCUGCAGAGGGAUUUGACUUAGCUGGAUCUUCAGUUUUUCCAAAGCCUACUACUAGCCUGACCCAGGGACCAGUUAAAGAAACUCUGGAAAGUGCCCUGAUUGCCCUGGACUCUGAAAAACCCAAGAAGUUACGGUUCCAUCCAAAACAGUUGUACUUCUCCGCGAGGCAAGGAGAGCUGCAAAAAGUCCUGCUUAUGUUGGUGGAUGGAAUUGACCCUAAUUUUAAAAUGGAGCAUCAGAGUAAGAGAACCCCUCUCCAUGCUGCUGCUGAGUCUGGCCAUGUGGACAUCUGCCAUAUGCUGAUUCAGGCUGGUGCGAAUAUAGACAGCUGCUCUGAAGACCAGCGGACCCCACUGAUGGAAGCAGCUGAAAACAACCACCUGGAAACUGUGAAAUACCUUAUCAAGGCUGGAGCACUAGUAGAUCCUAAGGAUGCGGAGGGCUCCACGUGUCUGCACUUGGCUGCCAAAAAGGGGCACUACGACGUUGUUCAGUAUCUUCUGUCCAUAGGAAAGAUGGAUGUCAACUGCCAGGAUGACGGAGGCUGGACGCCGAUGAUCUGGGCCACUGAGUACAAGCAUAUCGAGCUGGUGAAGCUACUGCUUGCAAAGGGGUCAGACAUCAACAUUCGAGACAAUGAGGAAAAUAUUUGUUUGCACUGGGCUGCUUUUUCUGGCUGUGUUGACAUUGCAGAGAUUCUGCUGGCUGCUAAGUGUGAUUUACAUGCGGUGAAUAUUCAUGGAGAUUCCCCCCUGCACAUUGCAGCCAGAGAGAACCGCUACGAGUGUGUUGUUCUGUUUCUUUCCCGUGGCUCGGAUGUCACUUUAAAGAACAAGGAGGGUGAGACUCCACUCCAGUGCUCCAGCCUUAACUCUCAGGUCUGGGUCGCUCUACAGAUGAACAAAACACUCAGAGAGUCAUCGACUGAGAAGCCUGUCCAGAUUGAGAAGGUAGUGAGCAGAGACAUCGCCCGGGGCUAUGAGAGGAUCCCGAUUCCCUGUGUCAAUUCAGUGGACAGUGAGCCUUGUCCUAGCAACUACAAGUAUGUCUCUCAGAACUGUGUCACCUCCCCAAUGGAUAUUGAUAGAAACAUCACCCAUUUACAGUAUUGCGUAUGUAUAGACGACUGCUCCUCCAGUAACUGCAUGUGUGGCCAACUCAGUAUGCGCUGCUGGUAUGAUAAGGACGGCCGACUCCUGCCUGAGUUCAACAUGGCUGAGCCCCCGCUGAUCUUUGAGUGCAAUCAUGCCUGCUCGUGCUGGCGGACCUGUAGGAACCGGGUGGUGCAGAAUGGGCUCAGGAUUCGAUUGCAGCUCUAUCGGACGCAAAAGAUGGGCUGGGGUGUGCGAACGAUGCAAGACAUUCCACUGGGAACCUUUGUGUGCGAGUAUGUUGGUGAGCUGAUAUCUGACUCCGAGGCAGACGUCCGUGAAGAGGACUCCUACCUCUUCGACCUUGACAACAAGGAUGGAGAGGUGUACUGCAUAGAUGCCCGUUUCUAUGGCAACAUCAGCCGCUUUAUAAACCACCUCUGUGAGCCCAACCUCAUUCCUGUGCGAGUCUUCAUGUCUCACCAGGACCUCCGCUUUCCCAGGAUCGCCUUCUUCAGCACGAGGCACAUAGAGGCUGGAGAAGAAAUUGGCUUUGACUACGGUGACAGGUUUUGGGACAUCAAAGGCAAGUUCUUCAGCUGUCAGUGCGGUUCACCCAAGUGCAAACACUCGAGCUCAGCGCUGGCCCAGAGGCAGGCGAGCACCUCGUCCCAGGACACGCAGGAAAACGGGCUCCCCGACACCAGCUCUGCCACAGCAGCCGGCCCCUUUUGAGGCUCCGCUCCUCAGAGACUGACUCGUUUUAACCCUAUAGAUUCACAUACUGUCUGAAUUUUCCAUUUAAAGAGAGAAAACCCGCUCGAGGAAAGCCAGGGCUUCGUGACACUUAGGGCUGUGCCACCGACUGUUACUUGAGGAAUAAGUGAAAGCAAAUCUCACCUCUGUGGUGUUGUUCUCCCCUCCUGGUCCUGGAAAGCUGCUGGUUCUUACCGUGCCGAGGGGUGGCUGUUGCAUUUUUUUCCAUGCGAGCUGUCCUGGCCUCCGUCUCUUAAUGUUCUUAAGUGUUGUCAGAGCCCAGGGAGAGCCGCCCGUCCUCUGAACGUUGUUAAUUGAAUGGAUCGCUCAUGCCAAGUCAUCUCCAGUUCACUUGUAAUAAACUUUGAGUACUUGAUGGGACUUUCUUUCUGAAGGCCGGGGGGAGCAGGGCGGGAGGGAGGCGCUGGCCAGGCUCUGCCGGUUGGUUUCAUUGCUCAGUUUGGUUGAAUUCCUCCCACAUCUCGCAGGACGUCGCGGUGGGGCCUCUCAUAGAACCGUUUGAGUUGGAAGGGACCCUUAAAGGUCAUCUAGUCCAACUUGCCCUACGCAUUUCCAACCAAUGCUUCCUCGUUACCCAUUGGCUUUUUACUCUUCCGAUGACAAGAAACCCACCGUGCUUCACCCCUUUGGUCCCUGAGCCAGCCAGAGACGCUUCCCUACACCCCUCUCCGAAGCCCUCCAGCUCCAACCAGCUCCCGGCCACGCGGCGGAUCCAGCAUUUGCUUCAUCAAUGGAAGGAUCUCCCUCUCCUGUGGCGGUUUGUAGAGAGGGAACGUUGAAGGGGAUUGUGUGAGACACUAACUGCUAAAGGAAAUCACUUUUUUAAUGAUAAAACGGAUGAGAGAUACGUUGCAGAGACCCCCUGGGUGAGCAGCAGAGGGGCCGUGUUGCAGAGAAGACCCCGAUGCCACCAGCUCGUCUGCUCCCAUCAAAGUGCUCAACGCUGGGCACCUUUGGUUCGUUUUUAAGCCACACACUAUGAGGUUUCAAUAAACUGAUUUAUUUUUUACCAUUACCGAAACAUUGGGGAGUAGCAUUAAAAAAAA